GCCGGGCCUAGAGCCACAUGCAUAUCAUAAUGAUGGCUUCUAAUCUCGAUCCUUUUUUCUCUCCUUUUUUUGCAAAGCUCCUUCACGUCUAUCUUUCGUUUUCGUUAGUUGACCAGCCGAAAGCUUCGCAGGAAUGAGUCAAAGUAUAAUUACGAGACUGGUGGAUAAAUACCUCGGGGGAGGCACGUCUCCCCAGCCGGACAUGGAGAAUGGCAUAUCGUACACGGGUAACGCUGCCCACCCGCAGCUCCAAGUCCAUCAUGUUGGCUAUGACGGACGACAUGACUAUGCGACGGACGAGCGGUUAUUUCUUUUCCGACAUCUCACCGGCAUUACAACCCAUCCGUCUAUGGUUAAUUCUCGAGCAGCACCAAAUCUUGGAAUAUACACACGCGUCGUGGCAAAUGAAGCGAAGUCGAAGAAGGGUCACAAAUACUAUUCUUGGUUGAUCAACGGGUGUCUCGGCGUGCAGGUCAUUGUCGCAGCGUCUCUGACCGCACUGGGCGCAGCUGGCGCCAAUCAUUCAUCUAUCACCGCCUUCGGCGCCAUCAACACAGUGAUCGCUGGUGUGUUAACUUUCCUCAAAGGAUCCGGACUCCCGAAUCGACUAAAAUAUUAUCACACGGAAUGGAAGCAGGUUCGCGAAUUUAUUGAGCAACGAGAGCGCGACCUCAGCCGCCCUGGAUGUGACCUCGACGUCUAUGGAGUCAUUGGGAUGAUAGAGAAAAUGUACGAGGAGGUGAAGAAUGACCUGGAAGCAAGCACUCCUGAUCGAUUUGCUGGUUUUGGCUCUUCAAAGAAACAAGUCGAGGGCGCUACCAAAGAUUCAGCAUUUAAUCUUCCGCGGGUUGAAACUGGUGGCCUGAGCGAGAAGCUUAAAAGCAUCCAGUCAGAAUUUGCCGGCCAGCCAAACUCCGAGGGGUUGAAACAACAUGUUGCAGGUCACGGUUCGGAAUUGAAAAAUCAAGCAUCUGAAGGCAUGAAGGGAAAGUUCAAGGAAUUUGAGGCAGGUCUUGCGGGUAGAGCAAAGGAUAUGGUCAUGAGUGGACUCGGACACAAGCCGGAAGCGGUGCAGGUGACGACAAGAGGACUGCAGACCCCGAUAGCAAACGUGAGGGCACAAGUCGGCCAAACGGAACUGCACCACCACAAUAUCGGAGACACACUGAAGGAUCUUGUUUCGGACAUUACACACAAGGCGAAGCUAGCGCACGAGGCGGUGCGAGAUUUGGAAGCUCAGCGAGACACUCUCGCUACUGCGGCUUCGAAAGAAGCAAAAGAAGCGACAACACGGAAAGAGAGUGCUGUAAAUAAUGGAUCGGGAGGGGUGGUUAAUAUAUCUCUCCACGGAGAUGAUGCGACUAAGCAUGCCACCCAAGUCAAGCCCUCAUAACAUAGAUG